AAGGUCGAUAGCAGAACGCCAAGGUCAGAAAUAGUAGCAAGUAGUAUUUAUGUAGUGCUUUGGCUCUCGGCGUGGCUGACCUUGCAGAUUUCUUUCUGCAGUAUGCCCGGCUCACUCCCCCUGCCCGUCUCAUCCUCCGCCGAUCGAUUGCGUGGUUCUUCGAUUGCCGGCCAUCGACUCAGACUCACCUCACUCUCAGGCAAGUCAGAUAUCUCUCACCCUCUGCUCUUCGCUCGUGCUCGGACAACCAACUUGGCCGUCUUGAUCCUGUCAACCAUCUGUUGUCUGAGUCUCUACUUGAACCUUCGAUCGAUCUUUUCAAUCUCCUCCUUCAGAUCACAGCUCGACUUUCGACACUCUGAACCCCCGUUUUCACCGUUCCGUACACAUCCGGUCUCACCUAGCUUUUCUCAAUUUACAAGACUGGUCAUCGUUCCUGGUCAUGCUAUCUACAUCGGAGCCAAUCCUGCUCUACAUGAUCCGCUGGACCCGAAAGAAUGGAUCCUAGAACCCUACCAAGCCAGGCAUCCUCCCAGCUCCAUCGGCGCUUUCAUCAAACAUAUUCAGACGGCCGCCAACACAGUCUCCAGCGAUCCAUCUGCCCUGCUCGUCUAUUCCGGGGGUCAGACUCGUCCUCAGGCAAACCAGUCAACCGAAGCAGGAUCGUACUCCCGCCUUGCUAAUCAAAUGGGAUUACAUGAUAAAUUCUCCUUAGGCGCCUUGCAAGCUACGACUGAAGACUUUGCAUUGGAUAGUUGGACGAAUUUGAUAUAUUCGGUCGCAAGGUUCAAAGAAUAUACAGGAAGCUAUCCCAAGCAGAUUACGGUGAUUGGACAUGCAGUCAAAGCUAAAAGAUUCAAUGAGUUACACCGAAAAGCGAUGAAAUGGCCGGAAGAACGAUUCAAAUAUAUCGGAAUAGACCCUAUUGACCUCAAUCAAUUUGCCUCAACAUCAACAACCAAGGAAAUUUCGGACCUAAAGGACAUCGAAUCAUCGAUGAUCCAGGGAGAAAAAAAGGUUUACCUAGAAUUCGAGAAAGAUUUGUAUGGCUGUAACUUGAGCUUGAUGGAAAAGCGUAAGAAACGGAAUGGCUUUCGGAGGUUUCAUCCCUACCUCAUCAGCAAUCCUGAUAUUCGAGGCUUGUUAGAUUGGUGCCCGAUCAAUGGAAUUGAUGAGUACGAAGGCACCUUACCAUGGGCAUGA